CUGAGAUGAAAACACGCACGUCGUGAGCCUUACGCGCAGCGCAGACGGACAGCCGCAAUCUCGCGCACGCCACAUCUAUUUCCUCGUCAUAUUUGGCCAGCCUGUCCGCGGUGCGACAGCCAUCUGUACUGCAAAACCGACUCACUCUCGAGGAGCAUGGAGCCUCUCCCAACAACCUUAGACGCACUCCUGGCCCACGACGGAAAAGACGUCGGAACCGCGCUGCCCACGGAGGUGUGGGCGUCCACGUCGCAAGGCACGCUGCGCUGCUGGUCCGAAGGCGCGAAGCUGCGCCUCGAAAAGGCGACCGACGCGACCGCAGCGCCGGCCGACGCCGUCCUCAUCGCAUUCAAGUCCGCCGAGGCCGAGCGCGAGAUGAUCGAUGGCCCGAAAGCACUCGUGGCCGCCGUGGCGGCGGGCAGAAUCUCCGUCCGCGGCGACGUCGUGGCCCUGCGGCCGGCCGCCGAGCGCAUCGUCGCGGCGCUGCAGCGGGGCGCGCCCAUCGCCGUCGACGCGCCGGAAAAGCGCACGGAUGGUGUUUUGGUGUACGCCGUGCGCGACGGCGACCGGAGAGCCGCUCGGCGCUACCGAGAGUUCCGCGCGCUGCGCAAGCGGCUCGUCGCGACGGAGAACGGCCACGCGAAGGACGUCCUCAAGAUCCCCUUCCCCGUCAAGGGCCCCGUGCUCCGGCCGGAGCGGCGCCGGCGAGCGCUCGACGCGUGGCUCCGCCGAGUCGCGGCGUUGCCUCUAUCCGAGGAUGGGGAAGACGCGGUGCGCGCCUUCGCGGGCGACGACGACGCCGAGGCGCUGGACGCGCGGCUGGCAGCUUUAGAGAAGCGGGCGUUGGAGCCGGAGCUCGCCGCGGCGCGGUGCCUCGGCGCCGCGGUCAUGUUGUUCUCGCGGGCCUUCGCUUUCUGCUCCUUCGUGGGCGUUUGUUUGCUCGUCGCCUGGCUGGCGCUGCGCGGCUCGGUCGUAUCCGCGGCGGCCACGGCGCUCGCGUGCGGCCUCGCCUACGACUACGUGGGCCUCUACAAGUACUGCUACCGGCUGCCCGCGGCGUUGAGUUGUCUGUUUUGCUGGAAGCUGGCGCGCUCCUUCGAGGCGGCCCGAGGGAAGGAGGGCGACUUCCUGGACCCGUUCUCGCGCUCCAUGCUCGCGUCGACAGAGCGGCGCUUGGCGGAGCGCAUAUCCGUGCGCCUCAUCGGCGACGUCGUCGUGCGCCUGGCGCGGCUCGACAAGGGCCUGCUGGUGAAGGUCGGCCAAGUGCUCGCGUCGGGCAAAGGGGCGCUCGCGGACGAGCUCGUCGAGCCCCUGGCGUCUCUGUGCGACGACGUAGGCGCGAUGCCCCUCACCAGCGCGAGGCGCAAGGCCCGGAAGGCCCCGAAGGCCGUCCGUGGUGCCUUACUGGCGAGCGACCUGGCCCGUCCGGUCGCGUCGGCGUCCAUCGCGCAAGUCCACCGCGUGGGAAACGUGGCCGUCAAGAUGCAGAAAAACGGCGUGAGGCACGCGUUCUGGGUCGACAAGCUCUGCCUCAAGUUCAUCGCGCGGCUCGUCCAACGGUUGGAGCCGGCGGCGCCGGAUUUAUGCGACGUCAUCGAGAGCCAGUACGUCAAUUUCUGUCGAGAGAUGCAGUUCGACGAGGAGGCUUCCGCGUUGAAGGAUGCGCGGUCCGUGCUCGCGCACCGGGGCCACGCCGUCGUCGUCCCGGAGCCGCUGCACGAGGAAGGCCUGAGGGAGGGCAUCCUGUGCAUGCGCUGGGUCGCGGGCGAGAAGAUCUCGGUCGUAAGUCCGCUGCUGACGAAGCGGCCCCGAGUCUUCCGCGACUGCGUUACGGCGCUGGUCGACGCGCACGCGUGCCUGCUGUUCCACGGCGGCCUCGUGCACAUGGACCCGCACCCGGGCAACGUGCUCAUCGACGUCCGCGCCGACGCGGCCGUGCCCGUGUUGUUGGACUGGGGCAUGCAUCAACGCCUCGAGGACUCGCAACGGUUGGGUAUCGCCCGCGUCGUCGACGCCGUCGCGCGCGGCGCGGGCGACGAGCUGCCGGCGCUGUACGCGUCGCUGGGCGUCAAGCUCUCGGAGCACGUGCCGGCGUCGAUGAUCUUGCAUUUCUGGAAAUUCGUGCUGAGGCCGGCGACGACGGACCUCGGCAGGGACGUGGGCGCGAUCGAGAGCUUUCUCGAGGGCCACGGCGACCGCGUCAAAGAGUUACAGGAAGCUCUCGAAAAGGCCGGCGGCAACCAGGGGCCGAUUGCUACUGGCCUCGGCCCGUUGUUGGGAACGGUCCGUUCGUUGGACUUGUUGCACGGCUUCGUCCUCGCGCUGCCGGUAUCGGUCGACUUCCUCGGCAUCUACGCGCGGCGGGCGCGCGAGGCCAUAGAGGAGGCGCGUGUCGUCAACGACGCGUCGUGAGGCGCUGUGUUUGUUAUGGAUAUAAGAGAUGUACUCAGG